AAACAUUCCCACCGCCCAUCGUCCCUAUCGGAAGCCAUAACAUAACCGACCAUCAAACGGUUCCUCUGCGUUCACCGUGAGGCCACUGUCUACUGCGUUUCUCUGAGCGAUCAUGGAGUCCCAAGUCGCGCAUCCUCACGGCCACGGCUACGGGCAAGACCCCAACGCCGUUGGCCUUCAUUCUGCCGGGGAGGGGGGAGAUAACGAGCACCACCAUGAGAAGAAGUCGGUCCUGAAGAAGGUGAAGGCCAAGGCUAAGAAGUUGAAGGACACGAUCACGAAGCACGGCCACGGCCACGGCCACGGCCACGACCACGACCAUCCUGAAGGCCACGUCCCCGACGAUCACGACCUCGAUGAGGAGGACGACGAGGACGAAGAAGUGGAUGAGGACCCAGAAAUCCACGGAGCCCCUAUAUAUGAGUCGGUCGCGAUCGUGAGCGGCGUGGACACUGGAAGGUCCUUAUUCACGGGAGAGGACCAUGGAAUUCCGAGCGAUGCAGGGCGGGAGGAGAAAUUCGGGAAGCCGAGGGUUGAUUUGGGAAGGACCGGGGCGAUGGAGGCAGAGCUUGUUCGGGCGCCAGCAAACACACCACAGUCGACGGCUCCCGCUCGUGAUCUUGGGACGACCCAACUUUCCGAUCCGACUAGGACUUUUGCCCAUGGGACGAGUGAAGCGGAGCAAGGCCGACCGACGGUCAAUUUGGCAAGGCCUGGUGGGUUGGAGGUGGACCCGCAGUCGCCCGGGAGCAGGAGAGAGCCAUCGAACUAUCAGACCAAAGUCACCGAUCCUACUGCUUCAGGUGGAGAGGAAGCUGAUGUUUCGCCAGUCAUUCUUUCCAUUGGAAAGAUGACGGUGCACGAUGAAACAGGGCCAAAAUCAGGCACAGGUCAGAGCUUACCUGCCGAGACCCACGCUUAUAUCUCGAACGUACCCGCUGGGAUGGGAAACCACGGUCAAUUCUCUCCUGAAGCAACAUCCAUGGAGACCGACACCACUUCAAUGGGAGUGGAUGUCACGAAGCCUGAGGAUCAUCCUCGCGACCAAACAGAGCACAAACCCUCGAGCCCUGGGAGUUAUACAGAGAAACUAUCCUCUGCUACAUCUGCGAUUGCUGAGAAGGCGGUCUCGGCGAAAAAUCUGGUGGCUUCGAAGCUCGGAUACGGUGAAAGAGAGUCCCCAAAGAACUCUGAUGCUACUGGAAGCGAGACACACUCUCAGGGCGAGAAGCCUUCUGAUCAAAGCGGCUACGCUGGAAAAGUAUCAUUCGCUACUUCCGCAAUUGCAGAUAAAGCAAUGUCAGCAAAGAACAUUGUCGCAGCUAAGCUUGGCUAUGGUGAGAAAGGUGACACAACCACCUCUCACGACUCUAGUGGCACCAAAUCCGAGCCUCGAGCACAUGAGACCACCGCAGCUAGUGGCAAACCUCCGGAACAGAGCAGCUACACUGGAGCAAUCUCGGCAAUAGCUGACAAAGCAAUCUCCGCCAAGGACACAGUGGCAUCAAAGCUUGGAUAUGCAAAAAAAGAAGGGGAGGCAGAAACUCUCGGUCCAGGAGGAAAUCCGCCUGCAAAGGAGCAGGGAAAGGGCAUAACGGCAACAGUGACGGAGAAGCUGAGCCCUGUGAUCUCGAAGGUCACCAGCUUGACGAUGGGCCAGCGCACAGAGGCACCGGGAGAGGUGGCAGGGGCGCAGAACCAGGAUAAGGGGGUGUCGGUGAGGGAAUACUUGGCGGAGAAGCUGAAGCCAGGGGAGGAGGACAAGGCACUGUCGGAGGUGAUAUCGAGCGCUCUGCACAAGAAGAAGACUGCGCCGGGGGCAGAGGCAGCAACAGCGGUGAAGGUGACGGAAUCGGAGGAAGUGAAGAAGCAGCUGGGGGAGGAGGACGAAGGGAAGUUGAGCACUCCAGGGAAGGCCAUAGUAGACCAGCUGAGAGGAACGGUAAACUCAUGGCUUGGGAAGACCGACGAUUCGAAGGCUCAGCAGCAGCCGGCCCGCCAUGAUGAGAGCGAAGCUGUUUCUUCUGCUGCAGAUGAACAUUACGGCGGCGAGAGGAGACUUCAAGAGUCCAGCAACUGAUGGAAGAAAGAGAAGGGGUUUCUCAGUGUCGGCGUGUGUGGAUUUUUUAGCUUUUUCGAAGGUUGUAAUGUGCGUUGAAAAGAUUUGUGUUUGUGGAACGGAUUACCUGUGAAUGCAGAGCCGGGGAUCUUUCCCGGUUCAUGCUUUACUAAAAUAACAUGUUGCACGAUGCUCUUGUUAAAGGGGGAUUGCGUUGGAUGUGUUGUCUAGAUACUUGGCUGCUGGUAUUAAAGUGGAUGAUUGGAGGGUUUGGGUUGAUAAGGCGAAUCAAAACUCACGAAAUCGAAUCUCAACUUUUUCAUUUCAA